GCGCGGUCCUCAGGUCGUCCAUGUCCGUCGUGGGUCUCUGGACGUCCCAUCUAUAGUCUACGAUGUCCCCUCUGUUCCAUUGAUCCCACGAAAUGGCAGAUAUCUUGUGCAAGUUGUCUAGCUGCUCGUCUACAUUGGGAUCGGCAACCUCAUAAAGCUUGAAGUCUACGACGGCAGCUGUCUUUGUGUGAGACUCGAUUCUGCAGCUUUCAUGCUAGUGGGCUCCUGGCGACAGAUCUCGGACCUACAUAGCAUCAGUAUUCCGCAUCGACCGCAGCAACUUCAAGCAGAGGUACUACGUAGUCAAUCCGGCGCCACUCGAGCCCACGAGCGGCCGACGACAUUUCUCCAGCUGACUCAGACUUGCAUCCGAACGCAGCCAAAGCCCGCACUGAUCGCCGUUUGUUCACCUUCCUCCCAAAUCUCAACUCAAGUCUCUGCUCUGCCAACUACCCCUCGAUGCCGUCUGUAGCAGCCACGCGCGAUCCAGAUUCGCGACAGGUCAACAAUUUGCUCCAUACACUCAGAGGAGAACACUAUCGCCAUGAGCAGAAUAUACAGCGUGUCAAAGCGCGCGCACCCGUUCACAGUUCGACCAGCAAUCCGACGCUCCCGUUCGAUCAGAUAUAUGCAGCAAGGGCGGUCGAGCGUGAGCCACCAGCUACUGUCCGUCCAUCGCCCCCCCUGCGUUUAGGUCCUGCAGGCGUCCUCGAAUAUGCGUAUCCUAGGGGCCGCGUGCCUGGCCCACGUCCCCCUCCGAGCUGGAGUGGUCUUUUCCAUGAUGAUAGCAGGAGGAAAGGCGGGGAACCACAGGCAAAUGCCGAGUGUGCGUGGCGUUCCAACGCUCUGUCGCUCAUCUAUUCGCAACUCUUGCCACCCACUGGCCAUAAUGCGGUUCCGAUACCUCGCCUGACCUUGCUGUGUCUGCAAUACCUCGACUCGCUGUAUUCGGCACAAGAUGCGUCAGAAGCAUUUGCCGAAGAUGUCAUCCCAUACCUCCCCGGACAUCUUAGGCGAGACCUCAUGCGCUGGUCAGCGGUACACGAUCCUCUUCCCACUACCAAGCUGUUUGCUCUGGCGGAGAGUGGCGGCCAUGUCGACGGCGAACUCGUCGUCGUAGGACCCCGCGCUUCGUUGCCUCGUAACGUAUUCAAAACGAGGAGGCCAUCGCAUGCUUCGCCAGCGCACAGUCAGAUUGACAGUACAGCGGAAGAGGGCGGUCCCGAUGCGGAGGACUCGUGGGACUCGCCUUCCUUUGACGAGCGUGUACCACAGCCAAUGCAGACUUUGAUCCUCCUCUCUAUCACCUUGCCGGUGAAUACACUGCUCUCUUUCCCACCAACGUUGACGCACCUGGCGUUGCUCGCGCUUCCUGCGCCUUCGCCCAUCUUCCGCCUACCACGCGUAUGCCCGCUCAUCGAAGUGUUGGACAUUUCAUUCAACAACUGGCUAAGUAAGCCUCAUGCAGACAGCCAGUCGGUUCUAGAGAGGGUCGAGUGGGACAGGUGGAGCCGUCUCAAGGUUCUCGGCCUGAAGGGAACGGGAGUAGGAGAGGAAAUCGUGUCUCGUGUUAACAAGGGUCGUUGGAUAGAUGUUGAUAUCGUCGGUGUGGUAUCGUUAGAGGUCGCCUUGAGCAAUCUGUCAUUGGAUUUCUGAGACUCU